AUGGGAAGAAGGGUGGACGAUGUGGAGGAGGACCGUGGAGGAAGUGAUGAAGAAGUUGAAGUGCUGGAGACUGUUUAUGGAGAGAUCACAGUGGAAGAAGAAAUGAUAAGAGGAUAUGAAUUGGCUUUUUCUCAUGAGGAUGAUAAGAAGAAUGCUUUAUCCAAUGGUCCGUGGUUUAUCUAUGAUCAUUAUUUGACGGUCAAGGAUUGGCGUCCAAACUUUAAAUCGGAGAGUGAUACGAUUGACGAAGUUGCAGUGUGGGUGCGUAUCUCAGGACUUCCCAUUGAGUAUUAUGAUCCCAGGGCCCUCACUGAGUUUGGCAAUCGGAUUGGAAGAACAAUAAAAGUGGAUAAAACUACCAUAAAACAGGAACGUGGAAAGUAUGCUAGAGUUUGUGUGGCUGUGAAUUUGACUAAGCCUCUUUUAGCCAUGUUCAAAAUCAAAGGAAGUAGUUAUAAAGUGGAAUAUGAAGGGCUCCAUAUGUUGUGCCUAGUUUGUGGGAGAUACGGGCAUUAUAAGGAAGGGUGCUUGGAGAAAGAGAAGGGGAAGAAAAAAGUGACAGAAGAGGGCGGCAUACAUGGUGAUAACAAUAUGGUGGGGGUGAGUGUUAGUGGAGGGGGAGAGAAGCUUGGCUAA